AUGGCUGCACAUCGAUUUAACAAAACAUCACAACAUGCUUUGUCAAAUUCUGAUUACACUUGGGAAUAUGAAUAUUAUGAGUAUGGGCCCGUUUCAUUUGAAGGACUCAAGGCUCAUAAGUAUUCCAUUGUGAUUGGGUUUUGGGUUGGCCUUGCUGUCUUUGUCAUUUUUAUGUUCUUUGUACUCACCUUGUUGACAAAGACAGGAGCUCCACAUCAAGAGAAUGCAGACCCUUCUGAGAAAAGAUUCUGCAUGAACAGCUUUGUGGCUGAAUUUGGAAGGCCAUUAGAUUCCGACCAGAUCUUUUCCCAUCAAGCCGCUGAGGAAUCCAGGUUGCUCUUCCACUGUUACAUCAAUGAAGUUGAGAAUUUGGACAGGGCAAAACAAUGCUGCAAAGCUCCAGUUCUGGGCAGUAACAUCCAGUUCCAGGAAGUGGUCCAGAGCUCUGGGAGAUUUGAAGAGGAGCUGAGUUGUCCCACAAAAUUCAACAUCCCCAACUUUGUGAACACUGACCAGAACUCUUCCCUGGGUGAAGAUGAUCUGCUGAUUUCAGAGCCACCAAUUAUUUUAGAGAGCAAACCAGUUAGCCAAACUUUACACCAGAUUCUCAACUGAAGACACUUGAGCAAAGUGUAGAUCUGUAAUUCAGCAGGGACUCCUGUGUAGUGGCAUCACACCUUUUACAUCUAUGUUAAAACAGCGGUCUGUUCUUUGACUCCCAUACUAUGUUUCAUUUGUUAAUACAGGACUACUGUUGACUGAGUCCAUGUAAUAUGGAUGUUUUGU